UCUCCACAACCGAAAUGGUAUGGUUACACCGUAGCUUCCGGUGAUCUUUCUUUUUCCGGUUUGAAACUCCAUCAUGGGUAUCUCUCGUGAUAAAUGGCACAAGAGGAGGAAGACUGGAGGUCGUAUGACCCAGAUGAGAAAGAAGAGGAAGUUUGAAUUGGGACGCCCUCCAGCAAACACUAAACUUGGACCACAGAGAAUACAUACAGUAAGAACAAUGGGUGGAAAUAAGAAGUACAGAGCUCUACGUCUGGAUCAAGGCAACUUCUCAUGGGGAUCUGAAGCUAUUGCAAGAAAGACACGUAUUAUUGAUGUUUUAUACAAUGCCAGUAACAAUGAGUUGGUGAGAACCAAAACUCUGGUCAAGAGUGCUGUCGUCUCUAUCGAUGCCACACCAUUCAGGCAGUGGUAUGAAGCACACUAUGCUAAACCUCUUGGUAGAAAGAAGAAUGUUAAACUGACAGAACAAGAAGAAGGUGUUCUUAACAAAUUAGACAAAGCUUCCAAGAAACUUGUGAAGAAAUACCAGGAAAGACAAAAGAUUGCUAAAGUAGAGCAAGGUCUGGAUGAACAAUUCAGUGCUAGUCGUGUUAUGGCUAAGCUGUCCUCUAGACCAGGAAAAUGUGGAAGGGCUGAUGGCUACAUCCUGGAAGGAAAAGAACUUGAAUUCUACAUGAAAAAGAUCAAGACCAAGAAAGGCAAAUAAACUGUGAUGUGUCUGCAGAAAUAAAAAAAAAUUACGAAGAA